GCGAGGAGCAGUCCCGGGCUACAGAUCCGCUCGCUGAUUGCUGCUUCCAGCCAUGGCUCUGCGCUGCUGGCGCUGGUGGCCACGGUCAGCGUGGCCUCGGACCCGGCUGCCUUUCGCCGGGAGCUCCCCGGGCUUCGGCCAGCGGUUCUCCACGCAGGAGACGACCCCCCAGAUCUGUGUGGUGGGCAGUGGCCCGGCCGGCUUCUACACGGCCCAACAUCUGCUCAAGCACCACGCCCAGGCCCACGUGGACAUCUACGAGAAGCAGCCCGUGCCCUUCGGCCUGGUGCGCUUUGGUGUGGCACCUGACCACCCCGAGGUGAAGAAUGUCGUGAGCACGUUCACCCAGACGGCCCGCUCCCAGCGCUGCGCCUUCCGGGGCCACGUGGUGGUGGGCAGGGACGUGACGGUGGCCGAGCUGCGGGAGGCCUACCACGCCGUGGUGCUGAGCUACGGCGCGGAGGACCAUCGGGCCCUGGACAUUCCCGGCGAGCGGCUGCCCGGAGUGCUCUCGGCGCGGGCCUUUGUGGGCUGGUACAACGGGCUUCCAGAGAACCAGGCGCUGGCGCCGGACCUGAGCUGUGACACGGCCGUGAUUGUGGGCCAGGGGAACGUGGCCCUGGACGUGGCCCGGAUCCUCCUGACGCCCCCUGAGCACCUCGAGAGAACGGACAUCACGGAGGCUGCCCUGCAGGCCCUGAGGCAGAGCCGGGUGAAGACGGUGUGGAUCGUGGGCCGGCGUGGACCCCUGCAAGUGGCUUUCACCAUUAAGGAGCUCCGGGAGAUGACCCAGUUGCCGGGAACCCGGCCCAUUUUGGAUCCUGCCGAUUUCUUGGGCCUCCAGGACAGAAUCCAGGAGGUGCCUCGCCCGCGGAAGCGGCUGAUGGAGCUGCUGCUCCGGGCCGCCACGGAGCAGCCGGGGCAGGAGGAGGCCGCGCGCCGGGCCCGGGCCUCUCGCGCCUGGGGCCUGCGCUUCUUCCGCAGCCCGGAGCAGGUGCUGCCCUCAGCCGACGGGCGGCGGGCGGCAGGCGUCCGCCUGGCAGUCACCAGGCUGGAGGGAGCCGGCGAGGCCACCCGGGCGGUGCCCACGGGAGACACGGAGGACCUCCCCUGUGGGCUCGUGCUGAGCAGCGUCGGGUAUAAGAGCCGCCCCAUCGACCCCAGUGUGCCCUUUGACCCCAAACUCGGGGUCAUCCCCAACACCGAGGGCCGGGUUGUGGACGAGCCAGGCCUCUACUGCAGCGGCUGGGUGAAGCGGGGACCCACGGGUGUCAUCGCCACCACCAUGACGGACAGCUUUCUCACCGGCCAGACGCUGCUGCAGGACCUCAGGGCUGGGCUGCUGCCCGCGGGGCCCAGGCCGGGCUACGCGGCCAUCCAGGCCCUGCUCAGCGGCCGAGGGGUCCGGCCGGUCUCCUUCUCCGACUGGGAGAAGCUGGAUGCUGAGGAGGUGGCCCGGGGCCAGGGCGCUGGGAAGCCCCGCGAGAAGCUGGUGGACACUCAGGAGAUGCUGCGGCUGCUGGGGCGCUGAGCCCCCAGCCCGCCCCCGGCAGGGCGGGGGGAGUGCGGCGCAGGGGAGGGGGCCCGGCCCCGCAGCGUUGCUGCCUGCCCUGCGCCCCUGGCCGGUGCGGGGCGCGCUCUCCGCAUGGAGCAGUGAGGGUGGGCGGAGCUGCGGGUGGCUGCUCUCUCCCACCUCCGUCCUGCUGUGCAGGGCCACGAGGAGGCCGGACAGGGCUGGAAAUAAAGGCUACAA